ACCUUCAUUUUGGUUCAUCUAACAUCCUUAGCCAAUAUCAAGAACCAUGUCAGUACUUCCAUAGUCAACAUUAGAAUCUGGCACCAGCUUGGUAAAGGAAUCACUAAAUCUGGCAGGUGGCUGAAGGUAGUCGAUUAACAGGUAAGGUCACUUUAAAAUCUACCUUGAACCUUAGCUAUAUUCACUAUCUAAUGCCAUGAUUUACUUUCCUGGGAAAGAAAGGAGUCUUCUAGUCAAGAUGAAAGAGAGACAAGCCGUUAAGAAAACUUCGGCAACCCAACACAGUGAAGUUCCUGAGCAGGAAGAUAAAAUGGAGAAACAAACCCGGUACGGAUGCAUCUCCCAGUAUAACACUGAAAUGUUGGAAUUGAGCUUUUAUGACUGUACCUGGUUUAGUACUAAUCAGUUACAAAGGGACCAAACUACCAAGAAAACAGAAGACAAACAGGAAGCUUCCUCAUCAAUGACACAGCGAUCUUUCGUCCAUUUUUUUCCAACACGGUUAUCUUCAGAUGCCACAACAUUGCCAUUUUCACGGUCUUUAUCCCAUGAAAUGCCUCUCAGUUGCUAUGUAUCUAGCUCUCAGAUCAGCGGAUUAACUGCAUCAACAAGUGAAGCAAGGUCUUCUAAAUCUAGUCCAAUGAACCAUCCCAAAACAGAAAACAGCUUGGGAAUCGACAGUUUCACAGUUCCAAAGAAACAGACCCCGUUCCUUGCUUCUGAGGCAGCUGUGAUUGGAGAAGGGGAGGAUUAUUUCCAUUCCUUGUUUGGCGACUCAGAGAAACUUAAUACAUGCUCAAGCCACCUGGAGAAAACCUGGAAGCACUUCUCUAUGAUUCUGGAUGAAGUUGGUCACUUUAGAUCCAGUGCUCUUGGACAUAUUAAAAUAGUCGAUGUGAAUGCCAACGGUUUAUUUGUGAGGCUCAUUAACUCUUCCCGUGACAAAGAAAUGGAGAUUGGCGAUCAUAUUCUCCAGCAGAACUUGAAUGGCCAGAGAGUUUCUUCGUACCGAUUCCUUCCAAAAAUUAUAAUGCAGGCCAAUUCCACAGUAACAGUGUGGGCAGCAGCAUCUGAAGCAAAGCAUCAGCCUCCCUCAGAUUUUCUUUGGAAGGAGCAAAACAAGUUUGGAACGAGUCCGAAUUGUACAACAAUUCUGUGCAAACCUAAUGGUGAAGCUAUUGCCUGGUACACUCCUAUUCACUGGAAGCAAGCAUGGGCAAAAUUAGAGACCGACAUUGAAUUUGAUAGAUGCUCAGUGGUAACUGCAACACCUCAAAAGAACAUGUUCCAGUGGCCAACAUCUGCAACAACUAAAGAAAAACAAGAUCAACAAGAUAUCUCACCAUGUCAGAUGGAAUACAUUCAACUUGUCAUUAAAAGAAAAAAAGAAAUCCCACCAACCCUUUUCCCCACUCGCAGCCCUUGGUGUCACAAUCCUAAUGUCCCUGGACAUCCCUACUCUCCUCUGACUAAACUGCAUAAUAUAUGCAGUACUGGAAGAUACUCAGAAAGAGAGCCCAGUCCUCAGUCAGCCAGGCCUGAUCCAGCUCCAGUUCAUUGGACUACUGCUGAUAUCCGACUGGGCAUGAGAGGGAUUGCAAAGAACAUGAUACAAGUACAAGGAAAGCAAAAAGAUACAGUAGAAAAUGUGCCUGCUCACUGCUUGCCAAACUUGAUCUUCCUGGGAGACAGUCGGCGUCCGGGGGACCGCCGCAUGACUCAAGAUUUACAAAGAGAAAUUUCUGAGUUCAAGCAACUCUGGAAGCUGCGACCGCUCUGCGCUUGUCGCCGUAACGCGCGGCCGCCACCCCGCUGGCCCCGCCCGCGGUCUCGCGCGCCCUCUGAGGGGGAGGGGCGGCGAGGCGCGAGCGCCAGACCGAGGUCGCCGCCCGGUUGUGCGAUCCGGCAAUGCAAAUAA